AUGGCAGGAUACUGUAGACAGUGGAUACCUUUUACAGAAGCUGAUCUAAAUUUGUUUGUAGAUGGCUCAUCCUUCAUUGACCCAAAAGGACAAAGAAGGACUGGCUAUGCAGUUGUUGACUGUUUUCAGGUGAUUGAGUCAGGACCUUUACCUGCUAAUUUUUCAGCACAGGUGGCCGAGUUGGUGGCCCUCACUAGAGCAUGUAUAUUAGCUAAAGGAAAUUCUAGAUAUGCCUUUGGAGUUGUGCAUGAUUUUGGUGCCAUCUGGCGAUUGCGAGGUUACCUUACUUCAUCAGGUUCCCCUAUUCUUAACCAUACACAUGUAAAAGCAUUGUUAGAUGCUCUCAUGAUGCCUAGUGCAAUAGCUGUAAUUAAAAUUGCAGCUCAUACCAAGGGCACUGAUGCAGAAUCGAAAAGCAAUGAUUUAGCUGAUAAAUCUGCUAAAGAAGCGGCAGGCUUGCCCUUCACAGAACUUUUUCAAGGAGCUGCUAAUGCAGACCCCACCUCACUAACAAUUCCCAUUUGA